CGCUCGUUGCCCUCCUUGACCAGACGCAGCGACACGCGCUGGCCAAGGAGGCUUUCUCGUUUUUGGAAUAACUUCUUCUUAGUCUUGAAAGUUCUUCAACAACAACAAUUAACUCAACAAUAUCAAUUUAUUAUCUUUAACUAUCUCUUAAUAGAAUAUUUGAAUGAAUGAAUCAAUGAAUCUAGCUUAAGCUUUCGCUGCUUAUAUACUCUCCGAAAGAUAUUAAUAAAACAUGACAUCAUACUAUUUUUAGAUACCACGUAAACGAUAUAGUAAAGUUAUGACUCAGCAAAAUUACGUAAUGUCUUAAUUAAAUUAAAAUUGUUCAAGACGUGACUGACUUCACGUCACACUCCCCCUCUUGAAAAAAGAAAGUUUGCUAAAACUUUCGUUAACUAACUGUUCGUAACUUCCAUUAUGUCCAUCAAAUAUAGUUCUUUAAAUGUUAUAAUUAUAUACUCUAAAAUAGUCUACAAAGAAUUAAACUUGAGAAAACUCAAUACAGCAAGAAUAGCGUCCUUAAACUCUAGCAACAGUAUAACAGAAUAGGGAAGAUUCAACAACAGAAGAACUACAUCUUCAAACUAAAUUACAAACUCCCUUUUUAAUCUUAAAUUUAAACAAUAAUUAUUACUUUAACUUCUGGGAGAUAUAUCAAAUUAUUACAAUUUUGUAACAAAACAGGGCAACAAACCACUGUAACAAACCAGUAACAAACCAGUGUAAAAACCACUGUAUCAAACCACUAACAUGUGGUCAAUAAUCACAAAAUCAUUCCCCACUGUUAGGCAUCACUGAGUAGACGUUAGGCACGAUCUUAGCAGAAACCUUUUGACGAAGACGUAGUGAACCUCCAGCGUAGCACUUUUGUACUUCAGCCUCUGGCUAAGUCGACAAAUUUGAACUGCAUGACGUUAAAACUGGAAACAGAUCCAUCAAUAAUAUAACACCAAAAGAACAAUCAUCAGACUGACAACAAAAGCAACCACUCUGACUCGAGAGAGAGGUUUCCCGCCUGAGCCCCCAAUUGUUACGUUCGCGGGCGAGAACGAACAAAAAUGUGUGUCUGCAUCUUCAUCGUUUACGCUCGUUGCCCUCCUUGACCAGACGCAGCGACACGCGCUGGCCAAGGAGGCUUUCUCGUUUUUGGAAUAACUUCUUCUUAGUCUUGAAAGUUCUUCAACAACAACAAUUAACUCAACAAUAUCAAUUUAUUAUCUUUAACUAUCUUUUAAUAGAAUAUUUGAAUGAAUGAAAAAUCCGAUCGAUCGAUCAGACGUGUAAUAUAUCGCUCCACAUUAUUCUUAAAUUUUUUUGAGUUAUUUGCUGGAAUACUCUGUGGCAAGUAUUGUAAUCGAAAUGCAAGAACUACGGCUUUGCUGGACGGGUGAUUUGGAGAAAUUGAAGCUUUUUGUAAGCAAGAAUGUUGAUUUUGUCGGCGAAUGGACUUCACCAGGCAAUGAUAAAAAAAAAUACAGUGAUGGUUAUAGCUCAAUAUCCUGGCGCAAAUCCAAGAAAGUGUUGGAAAUAGAAGGCAGAGACAGGAACCUCAUAACAGCUAAGUUGUGUUCAAUGUUAUGUAAUGAUUUCGAUCCUGUACAGUCAAGCAAAAGCGACAACUAUUGCGGAUUCCCUUCCACAAGCAAUGAAAUGCUUGUUGAAUUGGAGGGCGUUAAACUCGAUGUAACAAUUACUGAGAAAGAUAUUCGUGAUAAUAAACAUAGCAUUAAAAACGUGGAAGAUUGCCUUGAUAAAGUAGUUGGUAAAUUAAAUAUUAUUAACCAACAGUUUGAUGUAUUUAGGGCAGAGUUUCAGUUGUUGAAAAACCAACAUACGAUUCAAUGUUCGCCUAAAGCUGUCGAAUAUUCAAAUUUGGACAAUCAAAACGCCUCCGGAUUGCAAAAACGUCAUGAGGAAAACAAUAACAUAAUAGGAUCGAAUCUAAAUGAUGACAUUGUAAUGAGUCGUAAUGAUGCAUUACAAUCUCUGGCAAAUUUGCGGUCUGAGUGCCUUUCCAAUGUUUGUUAUGAUACUCAAUUAAAGCGUCUUGAAAGGGAACUGCAUGAUGAACAAGAUAAAACCAAGCAACUUGAAUCUGAGCUAACGGUUGCCGAAACAAAAAUCUUACAACUCGAACAGGCACUAAACCUACACGAGUUAGAACAAAAGAGUAAAGAAACUGACAAUGGGCUUUGUCAUGAUCAUUCCUGCAUUAUUAUGGAGACACUCAGCACUAAUUGCAUUAGAAAUCAACACGCGCCUCCGACUCAAGAGAAUACCUGUACUAAUAAAUAUAUCACAUCUCAAGAAUUACCACCUAACCCUCGAAUACCACCAAAACAAGUUGAUAAGCAGGAGCCUCAAAAACAUGCUGGUCAAGUAAGUCAAUUCCCAAAACAUACGGAAAUUUCGGACAUAACUAACUGUUAUGCCAUCCCGACUCGCGUUACCCAUAGAACACCAUCAAAGAAAUCGACGUGGCGACGAAAUAAACAUGGCGCUAGAAUCAACCAGACUGGGGAGGGUUUUCGCAAGGACAAAUGGAAAGCCAAUAUGAGGUUUUUCCAGUAUUAUUACUAG